UAUUUCCUUUUUUUUCGUGUGCUCACACACGUUGUUGCUCCGUGAAUUGGACAAUUUUCUAAUUUUUUUUUUGUAUAUUUUCAUUUUAAAUUUGGAUUUUUCAUCAAAUUCACAAUAAAAAAUGUCGAAACGUACCAAAAAGGUUGGAGUUGUUGGCAAAUAUGCUACUCGUUAUGGCGCAUCAUUACGUAAAAUGGUAAAAAAGAUGGAAAUCACUCAGCAUUCUAAAUAUACAUGCACAUUUUGUGGAAAGGAAUCUAUGAAACGAACAUGUGUUGGUAUCUGGAAAUGUAAGGCCUGUAAAAAGACCGUUGCUGGUGGUGCAUAUGUAUUUUCUACAACAUCGGCUGCAGCCAUUCGAUCGGCUAUUCGUCGUCUUCGUGAAACAAGAGAAAACUAAAAACUCUGAUUUCUUAAUGGAUUCUGUAUUUUUUUAUCGUGUAUUUUAAACAUUUGAAAAUUAACUUUCUUUGAAUGAA